AAGGGAGCAAAUCCAAUAGCAUAGAAGCAGUUUUUAUGUUACUUUUUGGUUUGCUGAUCUUUUCUCAUCAUCAUCCAAUGCCAAACCCACCUUCCAAAAAGUGAGAAAAAGGGUGCUCAGAAGAGAUCGUAUCCAAAAUCUUGCUGCCCAAUUGCCACCUACUACUCAACUUUGAUCUUUCUGAACAGGCAAGUUGAGUGUUUUGUGGUUGUCUUUCUCUGUAGGAAGUUUGGCCUUGUAAAAGAAAAAGGAAAAGAUUGAAAGAAAGAUCUGAGUUUUAUUCUGUUUUGAUGGGAGCUUGCUGGAGCAAUCGCAUAAAGUCUGUCAGUCCAUCUAGCACAGGAGUUAAUUUGACGAGUGCCAGCACAAAUGGAAACAAUUUGAGUGGUUCAAGCAGGAGGGUUUCUUCAGCUUCUAUACCACAAACUCCUCGGAGCGAGGGUGAGAUUUUGCAGUCUUCAAAUUUAAAGACUCUGACCUUCAGUGAGCUCAGAACAGCUACCAGAAACUUCCGGCCAGACAGUGUCAUAGGAGAAGGUGGGUUUGGUUCUGUCUUCAAAGGAUGGAUUGAUGAACAUUCACUUACAGCUACCAAGCCUGGUACUGGCAUUGUAAUUGCUGUUAAGAGGCUCAAACAAGAAGGGUUCCAGGGUCACAAGGAAUGGCUGGCUGAAAUCAACUAUCUUGGACAAUUUCAUCACCCUAAUCUUGUAAAGUUGAUUGGUUACUGCUUAGAAGAUGAGCACCGGCUUCUAGUAUACGAGUUCAUGGCACGGGGUAGCAUGGAGAAUCAUUUAUUCAGGAGGGGUUCGCACUUCCCACCACUUUCUUGGGGCAUCCGGAUGAAGGUCGCACUUGGUGCUGCCAAAGGACUUGCCUUUCUCCACAAUGCCAAAACACAAGUCAUAUAUCGCGACUUUAAAACUUCAAAUAUCUUGCUUGAUUCGAAUUACAAUGCAAAACUAUCUGAUUUUGGGUUAGCUAGGGAUGGACCAACUGGUGACAGGAGCCAUGUUUCCACUAGGGUCAUGGGAACCUAUGGAUAUGCUGCUCCAGAGUAUCUAGCCACAGGUCAUUUGACUGCCAAGAGUGACAUAUACAGCUUUGGAGUUGUUCUUCUGGAAAUGUCAUCUGGCCGACGAGCUAUAGACAAGAACAGGCCAUCUGGAGAACACAAUCUGGUGGAGUGGGCAAAACCUUACCUAACCAACAAACGUAGGAUAUUCCGUGUACUAGACACCCGUCUCCAAGGCCAAUAUUCAUUAAACCGGGCUCAAAAGGCAGCUAACCUUGCACUUCAGUGCUUAGCUGUGGAACCCAAGUUAAGGCCAAGCAUGGAUGAGGUGGUAACAGUGCUUGAGCAGCUUCAGGAGCCAGGUGAAAUGUCAAAAAGCGUUCAGAAGGAACGCCAUGUAAAAUUGUAAAUGCUCAUAACCAUUCCAAUGGUAAAGCUGUUGUAUAUAUUACCUAAAAUAUGAAUGUUUUCCUAAGUGUUCUUGAAUGAUUUUUGUGAACACAAGGUUUGUAAUAGUAUGCAUGGUGCAAUUUCCUUUUUUUCCUGGAUUAGUAUAUUGAUGCAAAUGUCUCAGUCGAGAUGAAUUUGUA